AUGGAGCUUUUCGAUUUCACUAGCGGCGACCACAACCUUAAUGUGCCACAGCCCCAGCCACAACAUAACAACCACCACCAGGACGCUCGCUUAGGCCUCGGAAUCGACCUUAAUGAGAUCCCUUUGCCUUCCGCCGAAACCCUACUGGACUCUGUCACCAACAUCGUCUGCACUUAUGAUGAGAACCCCGGACCGCCGUCGGGAGCCCCCACUGCCCUCCCUAACGAUGGCCUCGCUCCUGGCGCUGCCUGCUCAAAGCCCUGCCCCGCCACCAUUGGGAGCCACCACCACCUCAUCUUGUGCGACAAUUGGGAGUGCGGCUUCCACCUCGCCUGCGAGUGCGUCGCCUCUGGAGUGAAGAGCAAGCGGUGGUUGUUGGAGUGA